AUGACGGCCACGCUCUAUGGUAGGUUGCUGCUGCUCCUACUGACCUGUUUUCCGGGCUUUGUUCAAGCACGCCGCCUGAACGGUUUCGUGCGCCACUUCGAGCCCCUGUCGUACGAGCCGCGGCCGGUGCACAGGGAACACGUGCGCGUCAGGCGAUCACUGGGCGGCAGCGACUCGCAGCAUCGGCACGGCAUCGUUCACCUCCGCUUCCAAGGCUUCGACAGGUUGUUCCAUCUGAAGCUGAAGCCAGACGCGUCCGUAUUUCACAAGGACCUCGUGGUCGAGACUUCGGGGCUCGGUCGAGUGAAGCCGGAUAUCGGUCACAUCUACAGCGGCAAACUUGUCGGGUCCAUCCAGUCCCGCUGGGGCCGCUUCUACGUCGAAGGGGCGCACAAGUUCUUCGCCCGACGCACGCCCUUCCACUCGGUGAUGUACGCCGCCGAAGACGCUAGCAUGCCUCACGCAGGAUGGUGCGGUGUACGCGGGGAGACCGCACGCUGGAUGCAGCAGCUGGCAGUCUCCGCCAGGCGAACGCAGGAGGCUACCUCAAAGUUCGCCGGGACACCCUGUACACAAGAAAGCCACGCACACGGCUCAAGAACCGAGCGCUGGACGGGUCGGAGGCCAUUGGCAGCACAGGGAGCCGAGGAGCACUACCUCGACGCGGAAGACGAGCAAGACGGUGGCCCAGUGGCCGGUCCCGUGCCGCGGAGGAAGAGCGUGCGUACUUACCGCGUGUGCGGCCUGCACAUCGCCGUCGACCACUUGCUGUACAAGAAGUACCACGAGCAGGACGGCCACGCGGUGCGCACGCGCGAGCGCCUCUCCACGCUCAUUGCUGGUCACGUGGCCCGGGCUUCCGAGGUCUAUCGCCGCACGAGCUUCGGCGGAGUUCAAGACAUCAACGAUACUGCAAGCUGCUCAGACAAAGAGAACCAGUUCUGUCAGGAGCACAUGGACGCGGCUCUCUUCCUGCUGACCACGGCACGGUCUGCCAAUUUCGACGAUUACUGCCUCGCGUACACGUGGACAUACCGCGAUUUCGCGGACGGCGUCCUUGGUUUAGCCUACGUGGGAAAUUCAACAACGAGCACUCUGGGUGUGUGCGACAAGAGCCAGCUUGUGCAGACUGACCAGCACAGCCACAAGCUCGGGCUGACCAGGCUCAGCCUCAACACGGGCAUCAUCACGUUCCUCAACUACGGCGAUCACGUGUCACAGGCCUCCAGCGAGAUCACCUUCUGUCACGAGAUCGGUCACAAUUUUGGAUCACCUCACGACGAGCCGGAUAGUAGCCCGUGCGUGCCGGGCGACAAGAGAGGUGGGAACUACAUCAUGUACCCGCAAACCGGCAGCGGUGCCCUUGCCAACAACUACCAGUUCUCCAAGUGCAGCAUCGCCAACAUCAGCGGAUUGAUACAGCCCAUGCUGGAGGGUGACAGCAAGCGUGAGAAUUGCUUCGAAGGUAAAAGCAUCACCGUGGUCGUUUCGCUCUCGUACCGUCAUAACUUGCGUAACGGCUUACUGGCUUCACUUUCUCGGAAAGUGUUAGGCACAACCUCCCAGUCGACGCACUGUACUGAACGCAAGGCAAAAUAUUGCUAAACCAUUCAGGAAGAAAGUGAGGUCUGUAGG